AUGUCCCAACCCCUUGCCCAAGAUGCAGAUCCAAACAGAAACCCCCGUGGUGAGCAGCCUCGUGCUUCAAAGAAGAAGCAGAAGCGGGCGGUACUCUCAAUGCCGUCCAUUAAUAUCUCCAUGGGCAACUUUACAUUGACGCUCAGAAAAAUCAACCUGUCCCGAAUUUUCUCGAUAUUCUCUGGGAAUAAGAGGAGUGGCGGUGACGGUGACGGUGGUGGUGGUGAUAGUGAUGGCGAUGACGAUCCACAGGAACUGACUUUCAAGGAAGGCUUCAGGCUCUACAAAUCUGAGUACCAUGAUAUAUGGGCAGGCAUAUUGUUUCUACUCACUUUUUUCGGGUUUAUUUCUCUAUCGUCUACGGUAAUCGACAGAUUCGAGAAGGGCAUGGACUUCAAGGGUCACACAAUCAACGAUCCUGCAAAUUCCAUUGCGCUGGAUAUGAAUACCUUCAUACUUUUCUCGGUUAUCUUAUCCACUGCCUUUUCAGCUUCAAUGGCAUACUAUCAAAUUUUCUUAUUUUUCACUAAUCAGUUGGUUUGGUUCACCGGAAUAUUUAAUGUCGGUUUUGGUUUGGGCAUUGGAGCUGUCUACAUGUAUAGGAGGCAAUGGGGCAGCGGGAUUACCCAUGUAUCUUUUGGCGGACUUGCUCUUGUUUACUUCGUGAGCUGGAUACCGCGGUUCCCUUUCACCACACUCUUGCUCCGAACAGCAGCCACGGUGACGAGGCGCCAUAUCGCGGUCCAUCUAGUAAGCUUUAUCGGAGGAAUCCUCGCUACCUCCUUUGCUGCAUGGCUUUUUGUGACGCUCGUUGCGGUCUACAUUGCCUUCCAACCCAACGAAAUGAGAUCAAACCUUCUAUGUAGGGACCAAGAAUGCAAAGCUGUGAUUACCAUAGCUCUUACGUCGUUUAUCACGUUUGCAUCCUAUUGGAUCACUGAGUGGAUGAAGAACACUAUGCAUACCGCUGUUGCCGGAGUGUACGGGUCUUGGUAUUUCUACGGGGGCAAUUCUAAUCCAAUGCCGAGGGCACCAUUGAGAGGCGCUCUAGGACGAGCAUUGACUCGCUCCUUUGGAAGCAUCUGCCUCGGAAGCCUGUUCGUAGCGCCGGUUGAUAUGUUGCGCCAGGCGUGCACCAUCAUCCCCAGACAGGAAGAGACUGUCGAUCAAAAUACCAUUGAGGAGGUUGCGAACCGCGUUUUGGGGGUAGCCAUGAAAUUUCUUGGCCGAACAACCCAAAGUUUUAACCGAUAUGCGUUUUCCCAUGUGGCACUUUACGGGAAACCAUACUCACCGGCUGCCAAAUUUACAUGGCAAAUGAUGGAACAUCGCGGAAUCGAUGCCCUCGUUAACGAUAGUGUUGUUGGAGCUACUAUCAGUAUGGGUUCUCUGUUUGUUGGUUACCUGUGCGCCUUUCUUGCGUACAUUGAAUUGGGCUACACUGUGCCAGAUUUCAACAGGGGAGAGAAGUUCACGUCUGCUGUCAUGGCAUAUGCGUUCCUCUCUGGGUUUCAGAUCUGCAAAAUUUAUAUGGCGCCAGUAACCAGUGGGGUGGAUACAACGUUUAUGGCAAUUGGGUUGGAUCCAGAGAUUUUAGUCACGCAGCAUCCGGAUCUAUGGGAAUCCCUGGUGGCUGUUUAUCCCAGGGUGCAGGAGUCUAUUCAUGCUUAG